GCUUAAUAAUUCCCUUCCCUUGUUUUCCUUUGCUCCUUUCCUUUCAAGGAAGGAAAAUCAAAUAUAAUCGAAGAAGAAGAAGAGAAGUAUGAAGGAAACGAUCCGUUGCUGCAUCUCCUGCAUCCUCCCCUGUGGCGCCCUCGACGUCGUCCGCGUCGUCCACGCCGACGGUCGGGUCGACCAGAUCGUCGGCGCCGCCACCGCCGCCGACGUGAUGCGGGCCCAUCCGAAUCACGUCCUCCGCAUGCUCGCCUCCGCCUCCUCUGCUUCUCCCAACGCCGCCGUCACGCUGCCGCCCACCGCCGACCUGCACAGGGGCAAAAUCUAUUUCUUGGUUCCCGCGCCGCCGCCGCCGCCGCCGCCGCCGCCGCCGGCGGCGAAGAAGGCCGGCGGGACCGGAACCAGGAGGCGGCGGAGGAAGAAGAAGGAAGCGGCCCUCGGCGGCGACGUGAAUGGGGAAGGCGAGAAGGCGAGGCUGCUGCUGGUGAACGAGAGGUACUUAUCGGAGAUCAUGUCGGAGAGGGCGGCGCCGGAAGGGCGGCGCCGGGGAAGGGCGGCGGUGUGGCGGCCGCACUUGGAGAGCAUCUCCGAGGUCUCCUGAAAUAUCACUAGUGAUCUCUGAGCAUUAAAAAUCGAUUAUUAGUUCGUUAAUUAUCCAUGGAUCCUAUUUUAUUUUAAA